GAUGUCACAGUGGCUGCAUGCCUGCACAUGGCACAAUGUGGGGCCAGGUGCCAUUCUCAACACCCUCAGAUGCCAGUAUGGACAGAAUAGCUUAUGAUGCUUAUCCCCACCCACCACUUCCGAGACAUUGAACGGAAACCAGAAUACCUCCAGCCGGAGAAGUGUGUCCCACCACCCUACCCUGGUCCUGUGGGAACCAUGUGGUUUAUCCGUGACGGCUGUGGCAUUGCCUGUGCCAUUGUCACCUGGUUUCUGGUCCUCUAUGCGGAGUUUGUGGUUCUCUUUGUCAUGCUGAUUCCAUCCCGAGACUACGUGUACAGCAUCAUCAAUGGAAUUGUGUUCAACCUGCUGGCCUUCUUGGCCCUGGCUUCCCACUGCCGGGCCAUGCUGACGGACCCCGGGGCAGUGCCCAAAGGAAACGCCACGAAAGAAUUCAUCGAGAGCUUACAGUUGAAGCCCGGGCAGGUGGUGUACAAGUGUCCCAAAUGCUGCAGCAUCAAGCCCGACCGAGCCCACCAUUGCAGUGUUUGUAAGCGGUGCAUUCGCAAGAUGGACCACCACUGUCCCUGGGUCAAUAACUGUGUCGGCGAGAACAACCAGAAGUACUUCGUCCUGUUUACAAUGUACAUAGCUCUCAUUUCCUUGCACGCCCUCAUCAUGGUGGGAUUCCACUUCCUGCAUUGCUUUGAAGAAGAUUGGACAAAGUGCAGCUCCUUCUCGCCACCCACCACGGUGAUCCUCCUCAUCCUGCUGUGCUUUGAGGGGCUGCUCUUCCUCAUCUUCACAUCAGUGAUGUUUGGGACCCAGGUGCACUCCAUCUGCACGGAUGAGACGGGCAUUGAGCGCCUCAAACGAAAGAAUCAGCCCCGGCAGCACACGGGCAGCUGGCAGUCGGUGAAAGAGACCUUUGGUGGGAACUUCUCCCUGAACUGGUUCAACCCCUUCUCCAGACCGUGUCAGCCAGAGAUCCCCAGUGACAAGGACUUGGUGCGGCAGGUGGCAUCGCUGUCAGACACCGACUACACUGAGACGCCGGAGGAGCAGUCAGAGGAGACGAAGGACGAGGACUCUGUGGAGGUGAUCGAUGAAUAGAGGCUGCCGUGGGGAGAGAACCAAACACGGAAACGUGCCUGCCGACCUUCCUGCGGGGCUUUGGCUAAAGGGGCUCGUGGGCGUGACACUCAGCGCCCCAAUGCCUCCCCCAGGCCCUCCCUCGCCUCGGCACCCCUGGGAGCCCCUCCUCCCUCUCUCCACGUUGGGCCACGUCUGGAGUGGGGGGUGGCCUGGGGACAGCAGAGGAGGAUGGGGGACUUUCUCUGAGUUCACUAAGAAGAGUCUGUCCCGAGAAGGGUUGCCAGGAGCCACUCUGCAAGGCAGGGCAGCUUGCACAGCUCUGCCCAGUAAAGGCAGCCUGACCAGGGCGGCCCGGGGCGAAAAAGGGCUUUCCUCGGGCUUUCCUUGAGACGCCUGUCUUCUCUUGGGAAGACUGGGGCCCUGGGAAGGGCAUCCCCCACUGCCUACUGAAAUUAGGAGGAAGAUGCGGCUGCCACAUCUGCUUUCAAGGGGUCAGGCUAGGUUUGAGAGAAGGCUGUACACACACAGGUGGGACAUGCCCCGCGUGGACACGAGCCUGAGUUAGGAUGGUGGCACCAGAAAUGAGCUCCUCUUCCAAAGACACUGGAAUCCUCACUGAGUCAGACAGCUUGGAGCUAUCCCACCUGGGGCUGAAAAUCUUUCCACUCGCAGGUGGGGAUACAAGAAGGAUCUAUUUAGAGCUACUGCUAACCUCCCCCGUGAGAACUUAAUUUAACUUUCCUCUCAGAGGGUAUCUGACAGCACACAUGGGCAGAACUGACCAGAAACCCUGCCUGUAUGUUUCAGGCCAGUUUUCUCAAGAUGAUGCCCAUCUUGUCUCUGAAAGGAUGAGUGGUGGCCGGGGCCUGCAGACCGAUGAACCAGGAAGACAGACAGAGGCAGACAGACACACACACAUUCUGCCGGGAUAUCCUGGACCCUAGUCACCCCAGUUGAGCCUGGGGAGUCUGUGACGUUACCAAAGAUCUGGACAGGGGUCCUGGUGCUCCUGAACCCCAUCCCGGUGGUCGUUUCUGCACAAAGUGCAACAGAAGGGUUCAUAUCCCAGUUUGGUACAAGAAAUGGAUUCCCCCCCCCUCCCCAGCAUGGGUCUCUGUUCUUCUCUUUGGCCCAUUCUCCAUGUCGCCGACGUCGACAGAAGGCACAGGCACUGAGCAGAGCCUGCCCACGCCAGUCUCUGUGAGGGCCCCUCUUCCAGCUCCAGGCGAAACGGCAUGAGUCUUGGCCCAAAGGGGCCGUGGCCCCAGUUCAACGGGGAAGAAGGUCAGUGUUUGGAGGUACAGCCUUAGCACACUGAGAAAGGAAGGAGAGCCAGGCAGUGGCCUAGCUCUGGGAUAGCAUCCUAGGGCGUGCCGUGAAGGGCGAUGAUUCUGUCAGAGAGACCCUCUGUCUGGGAGCAUUGCUCAGAGGGGCCAGUGCUCACACAGCCUCCUCUGUCCUAGCCAUGCUCAGAGCUCUCCAGUUGUGUCCCACGAGAAGGGUGACGGCAGGACUCCAGCAUCAACAGAGCACCAGAAAGGCCAGGGCCUCCACUCCCACCUGCGGGCCCCGUUUAUGGUCCACAUCAGCGUUAAUAUUUAGUGAUGACAAUGGAAGGAGCCCGAGUCAGCUCUAGAGGCAGUUGACUCACUUUGGGGGAGAGCUGUCCUCUCACCGUGUGGACCUGUAUUUGUUUUGCUGACCCGGAAGCAGCCCUGGGCUGCCAGCGCGGUGGAUUGUAUACCAAAGAGACUGCAAGGAGGCGAGCAGUGCCAGCUCCUGCAGUCCCCUAGGAGGCAGCAGUUGGAAUAGGGGAGAGGGUUUGCCGGUCACUGUUUGCUGACAUCAACCUCUGUGCCGAGUCCAGGCCAGAGGUCAGAGGUGUCUGCAAAUCCAUAUGGCCCCUGAGAAAUGUCCUUGCACAUUGGGGUUAAAACUGCCCUUCCUAGAGGCCAGCUUGGCCUGAAAGCAGAGGUACUUAACCAACCCCCAAUUCUGUUUUCAGAUUGGUUGCUCCGGAAAGGAAGGUUGGGGUGGGGAGGCAUUUUGCGUGCACAUAGGCAGACCCUGCCCCUGCUUCCCCACCGACCCCACCUCCAUGCUAGACCUCAGCCACAUCCAUCCGCCCUGUUCUGGGAGGUGCUGAACUGGGCCACAGCCAGGGUCAAGUGGGCGAUAACUUGUCCAGUAUCCUGAGCCCUGUGCCCCCACACCAAUGACACAGUGGCCUUCUCUCCGCGGCAGCUGUUGGCAGCAUAACAUUCUUCUGCUUAGCCUCAAACUGAAAGCGUUGCAGCUGAUGUCAAAACAAGAUGAGGACUGAUAGGGAGGGAGGCUGGGUGCAAACCUUUGCCUCUGU